AUCGCAAAAGCAAAAAAAAAAAUAAAAAUUGUAAGAUUUUAGGAGAAUUUUUUGUUCCGUGUACAAAUGUAGUGUUUUAGCCAACAAAAAAAAAAAUAAAAAAAGUAGUGAAUGAAACAAUAAAAUACAGAAAAAAUAUAUCAUUUUGCCAACUGAGUUGUUGAGUGUGUUGCAGAAGAAAAAAGUUUAAUGCCAGCAGAGGAACAGACUCAUAAACCGUUAAAAAAUUCCCAUUGUUAAAGUCCUGUUUUAAGCUUUUCGCAUCGCGUCACAUAACUAAAGAGCACUCGACAAAAAUGUUCACAACUCGUACAAUGCUUUCCCUCGCCUCGACAUUGGUGUUCCUCAUAGCGGCGACAUCGUGCACAGCGGAACAAUCAUCUGCCGUAUUGCAGCCUCCGGCACCGCAAAAUCCCGAUAACGAGAAAUUUUACAAACUCAACGAGAAGCGAUCUUGGCAAAAUUUGCAGUCAAAGUCUUGGGGUAAGAGACGUGCCUCCUCGGGAUCUUUUGAGGAUUUGCUCGCUGCUCGAUUGUUGAGUUUGAAUAAUCCGAGUGUCAGUAGAGAAAUUGCCGGAUAUAACGAUGAUAUGAUGAUUGACGAAUUGAUGGAUGCGAGUCGGUAUGAUCCGUUAGAAGGCAUUUACAGCAGCGACGAGGAGAGCUUUUAUCGCCCAUCAGCUGAAAAGAGAGCGUGGAAGAACAUGAACAAUGCUUGGGGCAAACGAGUCGAACGGGAUUGGAAUAAAUUCCGUGGCUCAUGGGGAAAACGUGAACCUGGAUGGAAUAAUUUGAAAGGAUUAUGGGGCAAACGUGCAAGCGACAAUUGGAACAAAUUACAAUCUGGUUGGGGAAAACGCGACUUAGGACUCGAUAGCAAUUAUUAAAUUGAUUUCUAAUCGAACAAAAAAACAGAAUAAAAAGGAGAGACUAAUCAAAAAAUAUAAUAAAAAAACAGUUCAGAGGCUAAUUACAUGCAUGUAAAUUAUAUACAAUACACAAAAAGUCACAAAAAUGCUUUUUCAAGUCCUUUCUAAUAAUAAAAUAUAAAAUAAACCCAUCUAUUUAACAAAAAUUACUUAAAAAAUCAAAUGUCCAUUAUGUAAAUGUUUAAUUAAAGUAAAGCAAAGAAAAUAUGAAACAAUCGUAUAAUCGUGUUAAAGUGAAUUAUUGCUAUUGUUUCUGUAUCUCAUCUCAUAUGCAAGUAAACAAGGCAGAAGUAUAUUUAUGUAAAAAGAC